AUGAGUGCAAGUGCUUCCCAAAAGCCCACCAGGUUUUGGAGUAAAGUCAAGUCGUCCACAAAAUCCAUUUCAUCAUCUUUUGCGCAACUUUCUAUAAAACAAGAGCGCGAUGGUGAUACUGUUACAUCAACCGUCGUGCAUAAGGCAUUAGUUAAGUAUUACACGCACAGAGAGCCAUUUGAGGGCUUCCCGGAUUGGCUAGGGCACAAGGAGGAGCUUCCUGACGAACAAAAAGUGCUACGCAAGCAAAAGAUGCAUCACCACGAUCCAAGAAGUGCAGGCCAGCAACAUUCGGCCAGCACCACAACGCAUACUGAACCGGUGUCUCCCGUCCCCUCACAGCGUCUCACUGCGGGAACCAAUUUCAGAGAUAUCUACAAGAGUGCAACAAGCGCUAGAGGAGCACAUUCUGCAUCAGCGCCGGCGUCUGCUGCCUUUCAAGACCCGGAAGCAGGCGUACCACGAGUCUCGGCUCCCCCUCCUACUCAACGAACAUCGUCCAUGUUGAUGCGUGAGCGACUGAAACGCAAGUGA